AUGAGUUCUGAGCAGCGCAAGCAGCCCUGUACCACACCUCUUCAGCCUCAGCAGCAACAGCAGCAGCAGCCAUGUACCCCACUCCCCCAACCUCAGCCACAGCAGCAGGUACCAGAGCCUUGCUACGCCAAGGUGCCUGAUCCUUGCCAAACAAAACUGCCUGAGCCUUGCUACUCCAAGAUGCCUGAGCCUACCCGCCUCAAGACGCCUGAACCUUGCUACCCCAAGGUGCCUCAACCUUGCUACUCCAAGGUGCCUGAAACUUGUCACCCCAAGGUGGCUGAGCCAUGCCACCCCAAAGUGCCUGAGCCUAGCCAUUUCAAGGUGCCAGAGCCUUGCUACCCCAAGAUGCCUGAGCCUUGCUACCCCAAGAUGCCUGAGCCUAGCCAUUUCAAGGCACCUGAGCCUUGCCCCCCCAAGGUGCCUGAGCCCUGCCGACACGAGGUACCUGAACCCUGCCACACCAGGAUAUCUGACCCAUGCCAUCCCAAGAUGCCUGACCCCUGUCAUCCUGAGUUGGCUGACCCAUAUCAACAAAAUACCAAGCGAAAGUAA